UUGCCUUCAGGGGUUGCGCAGUGGAUUUCAUCGGUUGUCCAGUCGUGUCGAAAGAACGGUUUUGUCGUCACUCUGUUCAACCGGAUUCGCUUCCUGCCUCACAUAACCAGCGGCCGCUCCGACGAAAGGCACAGGGCCGAAAGACAGGCGGUCAACAGCAGCAUCCAGGGCUCGGCGGCCGAUGUUUUCAAGAAGUCCAUUGUAGCCUUGGAUCAAGCGAUCUCGUCGACGUUCCUCGCUGACCACCCUGUAAACUUCGCAAGCCCUUGUUUUGCGGUCGACCAUCGCUUAGACGUUCUUCCUGUUCUGCAACUGCACGAUGAGGUUAUUUUUGAAGUCAGAACAGAGGUGCUCACUGAAGCCGCGAAGCUCAUCAAAUCUGUGAUGGAAAGUGCAGUGAAACUCAAAGCCAAACUGUUGGUCCACAUGAGAGCCGGUCCUUCCUGGGGCGAAAUGAAGCCGCUUGUCAUUUGA